AUGGUAGUUAGAAAAACUCAGAAAAAAUAUGGUGGGGUAAACUUGGAAGAGAACAGAAGACAAUGCGGAGUACUAGCGUACGCAGAUGAUAUUAUCAUAUUGGGAUCAGACAGUCAAGAAGUCAAAGCUGGAACCAAAGAACUAAUAAUAAACAGCAAAGACAUUGGAUUACAAAUAAACGAAGGGAAAACCAAAUAUAUGGUAAUAUCUAGGCGAGAAAAUCACGAGGAAAAUUUAGAAGUUGAGAAUUAUAAAUUUGAAAGAGUACAAAAUUUUAAAUACCUGGGUGUUACAAUAAAUAGCAAAAAUAAUAAUCACGACGAAAUUAAAAUAAGACUAACUGCAGCAAAUAAAUGCUAUUACGGAGUAACGAGUAUACUAAAAUCAAAACAGGUAUCACUCAAAUCAAAAAUCACAAUAUACAAGGUAAUUAUCAGACCAGUCCUUCUAUAUGCGUGUGAAACAUGGCCAACGACUAAAGGAGACGAAGACAAAUUAGCAAUACUCGAAAGAAGAAUAUUAAGAAUAAUAUUUGGGCCAAAAAUAAAUAACAUGACACAACAAUAUGAGAAAAGAAACAAUAUAGAAAUACAACAGUUAUAUAAAGAGCCAGACAUAGUAGCAGUAUUAAAAAAUAGGAGAAUGGCAUGGGCCGGUCAUGUAUGGAGGUCAAAUGUUCUUAUGAAAGAAGUUUUAAAAUGGAAACCCCAGGGGGAAAGACCACUUGGCAGGCCGAAACAAAGGUGGAUCGACAAAGUGGAGAAGAACUUAGCAGAGAUCGGAAUACGAGAUGGAGAAACAAUAGCACAAGACAGAGACAGAUGGAAGCAAGUUUGUGUUGCGGUAAUGGGCCUCAAUGGCCUUUAA